GUAUCUGAAACAGAGUCACACUCUCAGGUGAAGAAGACGAAGAAGAAAGGUUGAGGCUUGAAGAUGUCGCUGGUAUGGAUGGAAGCGAUGCUUCCGCUCGGAAUCAUCGCCGGAAUGCUCUGCGUGAUGGGGAAUGCUCAGUACUACAUUCACAGAGCCGCGCAUGGCCGGCCGAAGCAUAUCGGAAAUGACAUGUGGGAUGUGGCCAUGGAGAGGAGGGACAAGAAGCUCAUCGAUCAGGCUACGCUUCCUUCUUCUUCUAAUUAGGAUUGUUUGUGAAUGGAAAGCUUGAGAAGAAAUAAAGUCAUCAGUCCACUAUGAAAUCUAGACCAACUCCAAUGACAUAUUUUCGUUGUAUGUGAAUUUGCACAAGCUGUUAUGGAAACAUGUAUGUACUCCAGUGAUUUACUUUCUAAUGUUAACAUUUGAAAGGAGUCUGUUUUGAUUGCGCUUUGUGUGGUGGUGGAAAUGUUUCUUAUGCAGUUAUUCAUUUAAUAGCAGACCAUCUGUUUGGUAACAUACGUUCGUUUCUCAUUGCGUCCCAUAAGGUUGAUCUGUGUUCAAUAAUCAAAAGUUCAAAACCUUUUACAAAAGGAUCCCUCAUCCCUUUUAUAAAAACGAUGUGCAUAUACCAGCAGAAAACUACAAUGCCAAGAGCAUAAAGCACUAAAGCAGUAGGAGAAAUUCACUUGGUAUGUUUGUUCUGUUUGGUAUAUUGGUACAUAGAUAUGUUUUUCUGCAUACCAAUCUACUAGCUGGUAGACUUGCUCCAUAUAAACAGGAAGACUGGCAAGAGCUAAGAGUAUUGAUUUGCCACGGCCAUCGGA